AAAACAAAACAAACAAACAACUAAUUCACGCACACUCUCCUACCCUUCCACUUUUUUACGUACGUAUUGUUGCGUAGCAAACAAAAAAUUCGUUGUUAAGAUUCUUUUACUGUAAUAUGUCACUGCACUGAAGUGGUUUCAUAUGCAUAAAGUCUCUCUAAAACCUAAAUAAUCGUCAUCAUCUCUUUAAGAAUCAGAGUAUAAAUUAAAAAAGGAGGUAAAAUCCAAGUAUUUAUAAUGACGUCAAGAACCACCACAAGUGCGGCAUCAGUAGAAGAAGUCACGGUGACAGGUGAACCAAAGCUAAGAGGUAAGCUACGAUUCCGUGCAGUUGUGAGGAAAGUGUUUGCCAACCUCUAUUGGCUGACUGAAACUGAAGAAGAGGAAAUAGAUGAAACUGACCAACAGAAAAUCUUGGCUCUGAAGCGGAAAAGGGGCAAAAAGGGCACACUUUCCCUGCAGGACAAAGCAUCAUUUAUGAAACCAGCAGAAUAUCGCUCUGAGAAGGAAAGAGAAAUCCUUAGUAGCAUUGUUUGUGGACUUCAGUGCUUCAAACGUUAUCCUGAGGAUGUGCAGAAGAAACUAGCAGAAGUUACUUAUCUCCUUUGCUAUGGGCCAGGCAGAGUUGUUGUCAAACAGGAAGGUCUUCCAACGGGCAUUUAUUUUAUAUUGUCGGGUAAAGCUGGUAUAACACAAUCAGCUAUAGACCCGGUGUCAAAUGAACCUGUCAUCAUUCCAGCGGGUGAUUUGGAGCCAGGAGAUGUAUUUGGAGAAAUUUCUUUAAUACAUGAUAUUCCUAGAACGGCUACUGUAACAACUUACACAACAUGUGAACUGCUUCAUAUUGAGAAAAAAGAUUUUGAUAAGGUGAUAGAGGAAACAAUAAAGCCAGACUGGGAUAUGUGCAAAUAUGCUAUGGCAAGAUUUCCAUAUUUUGAUGAAUGGAGUUCAGUUGCUCUUCACGAGUGCUGUAUGCUUUCAAGAAUUAAAACAUAUGAGCCAAAUGAAACAAUUUUAGCCUGUGGAGCACGAACCAAUUAUGUGUUCUUCGUAUUAAAAGGAUUGUGCCAGAUAAUUCAACAUUUAAAUAUAAUUGUAAAAGAAACAAAGAAAGAUCAUCAAAGCUGUAGAUUACAGACAUUUGGGACAGGAAUUCAACCUGGCGAAAUUGGACAAACACACUUUAUGCAAAUAUGUAUUCUUAGUGAGCUUGCUACUUUUGGUCUUGGUGAAAAUCUCACAGAUCGUAGGAUUAUUGCUUUAACACCUGUUGAGUGUCUUCUUUGCCCCAGAUAUUGGAUUAUGCAGAAUAACAAAGCAAAUUUGUGGGUACGUAUAAAACGUUUCGUGGACCGGAGAUUGCCAUCCACACAGCAGGUUUUUCACAGCUUUGUUGAAAAUAGAAGAUGGAGACAUUACAGCAGAGAUCUAGUCAUCGACAGCCUUCGUAAUCGUUAUAUACCAAAUGAUACGAGCAUAUCUGAUGUUCCAUACUCCAUUAGAAUAAGUGAAUACUAUGUUGAUCGCUAAGAAUACCUAUUAACAAAGCAUACCUAUUAACAGCAGCAGUAUUGUAAUACAUGAUGUAUUCAUUGAAGAAAUUAAAGUGAAAAUUUUGUCUUUAAAUGUCUCAAAAUAUAAUGGACGAGCUCACACUAACUCCUCUUUAACAAAAAUGCAUGAGUUAGUUUCUUGAAAUUAUCACCAAAAAAAAAAACAUAUAAUAGAAUCAAUAAAAUUCCUAAAUUACCUACCUCUUUGUACGGACUAUUGUAAAGGUACCAUAUUUUCUGUUGAUGUCACUGUACUCAGUAAAACAGACUUUCCGUCAACCUCAGUAAAA